UGCUUUGUGCAUUGUACACAUUGCAUAUCCACAUUUUUACACAAUUUCGAGGGGGUACAAGCAACGAGUUUAUUUAAAAAACAUCGCACACUGCCACCUUUCGGUCAACCAUCGUCAUAACCGUCUUGGCGGAUGUGGGCCUGAGCUCAUUCCUCCGAUCCGUGGCGGAAGCGGACGAAUUAUUUGAAGCUAAUGAAAACAUGGCGGUGAAGGGGCCUCGUCAGCGGACCAAACGAGUCAGCAGGCAAGAUGCAAAUAACGUCAAUGUCCCCGCAGAAGCUCGAAUAUCAAAAGAGGAAAAGGGCAGCGAUGAGGGCAAACUAUCAGAGACACGCCAAGAGUCGGUAGGUCGAGGAGGACAGGUGUGGGCUCCAGAAGGAUCUACAGCGUUCAAAUGCUUGCUGUCUGCACGCUUCUGCGCUGCCUUGCUCAGCAACAUCUCUGACUGCGAUGAAACCUUCAACUACUGGGAGCCUAUGCACUACCUGUUGUAUGGGACAGGGAUGCAGACAUGGGAAUACUCACCACUCUACGCCAUCCGGUCGUAUGCCUAUCUCUGGCUGCACGCGCUCCCUGCCUGCAUACACGCCCAUGUACUGCAGACCAAUAAGGUGUUGGUGUUCUACUUCGUACGAUGUGUUCUUGCGUUUUGCUGCUGUGUUUGUGAACUUUACUUCUACAAGGCGGUGUGUAAGAAGUUUGGUCUGCAUGUGGGUCGGCUGAUGUUGGCGUUCCUGGUGCUGAGUACCGGAAUGUUCUGUUCCUCCGCAGCGUUCCUUCCCUCCUCCUUCUGCAUGUAUACCACGUUGGUUGCCAUGACGGGCUGGUUCCAAGACUCAAUUCCAUUGGCUGUCAUGGGCGUGGCAGCUGGAGCUAUUGUAGGCUGGCCAUUCUCCGCUCUGAUUGGGAUCCCCAUCGCCUUUGACCUGCUGGUGAUGAGGAGGGCGUGGAGAAACUUCAUCCUCUGGUCGGCCCUAGCGCUGUUGCUAAUCCUGGUUCCCGUGGUGAUGGUGGACUCUUUCUUCUACGGGAAGCUGGUCAUCGCCCCUCUGAACAUUCUGCUCUACAAUGUCUUCACACCGCAUGGCCCUGACCUCUACGGGACAGAGCCCUGGUCCUUCUACUUCGUCAACGGCUUCCUGAACUUCAACCUGGUGUUUGCGCUGGCCCUGCUGUCCCUGCCUCUCAGCGCUCUGAUGGAGACCCUGCUGCACCGCUUCAACGUACAGAACCUGGGCCGCCCGUACUGGCUGACCCUGUCCCCCAUGUACCUGUGGAUGUUGGUGUUCUUCACACGGCCCCACAAGGAGGAGCGCUUCCUCUUCCCCAUCUACCCCCUCAUCUGUCUCAGUGCCGCCGUGGCCAUGUCCUCUCUCCAGAAAUGCUACCACUUCCUGUUCCAGCGGUACCGCCUGGAGCACUACACAGUGUCCUCUAACUGGCUGGCCCUCGGCUCCCUACUGGUGUUCACCGUCCUGUCGCUGUCCCGCUCUGUGGCACUCUUCAGAGGAUACCACGCGCCUCUGGACCUGUACCCCGAGUUCCACCGCAUCGCCAGGGACCCCAGCCUGCACAGCGUGCCGGACGGCAGGCCUGUGACGGUGUGCGUGGGGAAGGAGUGGCACCGAUACACCAGCAGCUUCCUGCUCCCCCACAGCUGGCAGCUCCAAUUCAUCCAAUCAGAGUUUAAAGGACAACUUCCUCAGCCGUACGCGGCCGGUCCAACGGCGACUCAGACUAUUCCGGCCAAUAUGAACGACCAGAACUUGGAAGAACCAACCAGAUAUGUGGAUUUGCGGCAGUGUCAUUACCUGGUGGACCUGGACCGCCAUAACGAAACGCCCCUAGAACCACGCUACUCUGCCAACAAGGAGGAGUGGACCGUCAUCGCCUUCAAGCCAUUCCUAGAUGCUUCCAGGUCGUCUCCUGUGUUCCGAGCGUUUUUCGUGCCGUUGCUCUCCGAACAGCACACCAGCUACAUUAACUACGUCAUUCUGAAACCGCGCCGACAGAAAUCAUCACCUCGACGACGGCAUCCCGCCGGACGCUAAAGGCUGGACGCACACCUCGCAAAAACACCUGCUCCUCCUGUCUGACGGCUGCUCGUUUUGUUGUCGUUUUUUUCCAACCCCAACUCUCGUCCGAUAACUGUGAUGAAGUUGAGCGUGCCACUGUCUGUCCGUGUCAUUAAGUCGGUUGAGUAUCAAACCUUUAAGAACACGUGUUUCAGUGUGCUUCCUUAUAAGAAUAAGGGCGGAACCUACAUCUGGUUCUCUUAUCGACAGCAUUAAAGGAUCAACAGUGACAGCGAAUAUCCCCCUUCUCCGAGCGGUCCAUCUAGUGAUCUUCAAAUGAGAUGCUUCUCUCCAGAGCAGCCCAGGUUGCCUGAAAGCAUUGUUGAAAUCGAAUCGCAUACAUCAUCAUAACGAGAGCAUCCCGUCCAUGAUUGGGUAAAGGCAAUGCAUCCUCACGAUUCAUUUGAAAACCAAAAUAUGCUUCUGGUUGAGGCGAAGAGCAUCAGGUGAUACCUGCCACAAUCUUAACAAGCAUAGAAUUUGCUGACCAAAGAAACGGACGGUUUUAUUUUGGGUUACAAGGUGCUUUUUGGAAGUCUCUAUGGCACAAGCAGAGCGGGUCAUUCUAGAUAGAUAUGAGAGCAGGGACAUUGACGUCGCUAUAGGUCCUUUCAUUGGAGACGUUAGCAAUGCGAGAGGUCUAGAGAGCAUCGCCAACUUUGUGCUUUAUGGCUUGUGAUUGUUUCAGUACCACGUGACAUGAGAGAGGUCCAUCGACCUCAACUUGAAGGAUUUUAUGUUCAAUUAAUUAUUUUUCCCUGUGUGCAUGUGUUCGAAUGUCUAAGAUUUAAUUUUUCGCUCCCAGUUUUGCCAUUAGCCACACCUUUCCACUUGAUCUUUUUGGGUCUCUUUUCAAGACAAUACUGACAAAGUGGCAGAGACAAACAAUUGUUUUUGUUAUGUGUAAGUUUCCCACAUCAGUUCGCUCCAUUGCAUCAGACUGGUAAAUUGUGUGUAAGUGACAGUGAGUGAAUCAUUUAACAUAGAGACAGUAUUGGAAUGAGUGUAGGAUGGGAAUAAAUUGUGUUCUUUUAAUUGUUGUCAUUUCAUGAUUUUCCCAACACACACAAAAGAGACACAUGUUCAUUCCAUUCAGUUUUAAUUGUAGGUUUCCUCUUGUAAUACAAACAUACAAACUGUUAGCUCAACAAGCCAUCAUACACUUGUUGUAUGUUAAGGAAUUGCAGGUAAAUACAAUUUAAAUUAGCACUCAAUGUCAUGCCAUUACUUUAGUCAGGCAGCAGGCACUCAUAUUCAAUGAAUACAACCCAUGGAUCCCCUUAGACUGCUAGUCUUGUAACCAUUCGACGGAGAGGGAAGUGAUCCAUGGCGUCAUUAUUCAUGAUGGAUGGACUGACGGACGGACGAUACCAAAGCUAUGAACCACGAAUGCUGCUAUAGACAUGAAUAAGCUGAAACUAAAGCUAUCCACCAAUCCCAAGUUGCGUGUCUGUUAUUAAAACGUGUGUGUUAAAACAAGUGUUUGACUUGUUCAUAUUUGAGUUAUUACAAUUUGGUUACAAUGAGUAGAGCCCUUCUUGUUGACGGUGUCCUGAUCCUUUGAACGUGAAGAUAAUGCAAGAUGUUUUGUCCUUUGUUACCCCUGUUUGACCAUGUUAAUGUUACCUGGAUAAUUCCUAUGCAUACAUAUUUAACCUUGAAAUUGGUGUAAUAUUUAAAAAAAAAAAGUUCUUGAGGAAUAUUCGUUAUGUCAGAUCACGGUCUGUUCUCUUAUUAAGGUAAUAGUUGGCAGUUUCCUUUGCCACUCAAAAAGGAGGCACUGUCAGGAUUCUGAAACAAGGCAACAUAACAAGGCCAUGCAAACAGGACACCCACAGCCAUCCCCAGUCCAAUUCUAUGUGCAUUUUCUUCAUGAAGAUGA